CAGCGGCAGGACAAACACAGCGACCUGUAAGCCGUGAGGGGCUUUAUGUGCGUGCGUGUGUGUGUGUGUGUGUGUGUGUGUGUGUGUGUGUGUGUGAGAGAGAGAGAGAGAGAGAGAGAGAGAGAGAGAGAGAGAGAGAGAGAGAGAGAGAGAGAGAGAGAAGGAAUAACCGCAUCAUCAGUUUAAGAGGAACGAAGAGUCAAACACGGCGAAGACUGUCCGGCGAAUGAGGUCUCAUCAGACCAGAUCCAAUCCUACAGGUCCCUUUGCUGCUGUCAGACCCCGAGGCCAUGUCUUCCUCACUCUCCACGAGGCUGAAGUAUGUGUCCCUGGGGGUGCUGGUGGUGCAGACCACCUCGCUGGUGCUCACCAUGCGCUACUCCCGCACCCUGAAGGAAGACGGCCCCCGCUACCUGGCCUCCUCCGCUGUGGUGUCAGCCGAGUUGCUCAAGAUCCUCGCCUGCACCCUGCUUGUCUUUAGAGAGCACAAUUUCAGUGUGCGGGCACUGAACCAGGUCCUGAAGGAGGAGAUUGUGAACAAGCCCAUGGAGACCAUGAAGCUGGCCGUUCCUGCAGGGAUCUACACACUGCAGAACAAUCUGCUCUAUGUUGCCUUAUCCAACCUGGAUGCAGCCACCUAUCAGGUUACCUACCAGCUGAAGAUCCUCACCACUGCGCUGUUCUCCGUCACCAUGCUGGGGAAGAGGCUGGGCUGCAACCAGUGGCUCUCGCUGCUCAUCCUGAUGGCCGGAGUGGCUCUAGUGCAGUGGCCUGCAGAGUCUGCAGAUGCUUCUCAGCAGACGUCGCUGUCUGCAGGCUUCCAGUUUGUGGGCUUGAUGGCCGUGCUGACCGCCUGUUUUUCCAGUGGCUUCGCUGGCGUUUACUUUGAGAAGAUCCUCAAGGAGACCAAGCAGAGUGUGUGGGUCCGUAACAUCCAGCUAGGUUUAUUUGGUUUCGUGUUUGGUUUAAUCGGAAUGUUAAUGUAUGAUGGCCAGAGGGUGAGAGAGUCUGGAAUGUUUCAGGGCUACAACAAAAUCACCUUCACGGUCGUGGUCUUACAGGCUCUGGGUGGGCUGGUCAUCGCAGCAGUGAUCAAAUACGCAGACAACAUCCUUAAAGGAUUUGCUACCUCUCUCUCGAUUAUCAUGUCCACACUUAUUUCUUACUUCUUGUUGGAGGACUUUAACCCCACCAGUGUGUUCUUCACAGGUGCAGUGCUGGUCAUUGCCGCCACAUUUCUCUACAGCCUUGAGUGCAAAUCCGCCACCAGCAGCAUCAAAGUGUGAAUGAGAGACCUGGAGUGAAAGUUGCUACCUCCUGAAAAUGACGGUAGAUCCAAGACAGAGAUGGAUAGUGCUGUGACUCAGGCGGAGUGGAGAGUGAGUGAGCCCUGCUGCUGCUCUGGAACAACACUACUGAUGAUUUGCACGACAGAUGGGGAUCAAUAAUGUGAUGAAGACGUUUGCUUUGUAGCUUCUUUUUUAAUGAAAUCAAAAUCAAUAACUUGGUAUGGGGGCAAUAAAUCUCAUGCUCACACAAAUUAUUACAACUCUACAAAUGCUGGUUUUAAUUUGCUCACAACUUAAUGAGUGAACUCAUGGCAGUUUAAGGGAGACACAACCAUGACCCCUCUGCCAACUUGAUGUUGCUAUUUUUUUUUAUAGUUUUAUAUACUUGAUCUUGUAUUUAUAUACUGUGGGAUAUUGGGAAAGGGUUUUGUUUUUAAAAGUGUGUAUGAAAGUGUUUUGAUUGUGUUCAGAGUGCCUGCCUCAGAGACAGGAAGAGCAGCUCCUGCACCUUUGACAGAGCGCUCCCUCUAGUGGUGAAAUGAGGAGCCACUCGUUUGCUGCAAAGAGGAGGGGUUACUUCUGUUCAAAGAUGCUGAAUGUCCUUUUUUUUAUAAGAUGAGAUGGGAUGCGAGUGCUUUGACCUUGCUGCUCAAAGUCUGAGCAUUAAUAUCAAACGCUCACAUUCAUCUGUCAUUUAAAUAAAUUUAAAAAUCGUUUUUAUGACAGAACAAAAAAAUAAAGGUGCUCUAUUGAAAGAGCUAGCUCUGCCUUGUUCUUUCUUCUUACUUCAAAGGGGACGUGAGCACACA